AUGAAGUUUUUCGCCAUUGCCAGCACUCUUAUGGUCUCUUUAGCCAAUGCUGCUCCACACUCUAAGCUUGACUUCACAAAGGGCACUGAACUUAUAGCUCGGCAAUGCUCUGCAGGCAAGGCCACCUGUUUUUAUGACACUGACUGCUGUUCUCAAAUCUGCCAGGCUAUACCUGUUGGUCCCGUUGGCGUUGUACGCUACUGCGCUGAUGAAAUGAAACAAGAGAAGGAGGAGCAGGAGAAGCAGGAGAAGCAGGAGAAGCAGGAGAAUCAAGAGAAACAAGAGAAACAAGAGAAACUGGAGAAGCAGGAGAAGUUGGAGAAGCUGGAGAGGCUGGAGAGGCUGGAGGAGAAGAAGAAGCACGAGAAGCACGAGAAGGAGAAGCACGAGAAACUAGAGAAACUGGAGAAGCUAGAGAGGUUAGAGAAGCAGGAAAAGCAGGAAAAGGAGAAGCAAGAAAAACUGGAGAACAAGAGAAACUAG